CUUUUUUUUUUUUUUUUUAAUUGAGGAAUCAACAGCCGCCAUCUUGUCGCGGCUCGGUCAGCGACGGAGAUCUCCGGGGCCCUGCGAGGACUACAGGGGAUUAGAGGGCCGCCAUUCAGGACAGCGGGGGCCUCCGGAGGCAGCAGAGGGGGGGCCUCUUCUUCCCCCCACGGAGGUGGCGACAAAUUUUUUUUUCCUCCUAAUCCGAGGCCCCGUUUGGUGGCAGCAGCGGCGGCGGCUCCUUCAUUGUUUUCCCUCCCCUCCCGGAGGAGGAGGAGGAGGAAGCAGCGAGCGCACGGUUGCGUGGGCGGGCGGAGGAGAGCACCGGAGGGGGAGGGGACCUGGAACCGAGGCCUGACGCAACCCUCUCCGGCGCCCCGCAGGGCCUACCCUCGGCCUGACACCCCGGCAGCCGCCACUUUUUGGGGGGCCGGAGCACCCCCAUAUUUGUCGCCCCUCCUUUCAUCGCGGGGUCAUUACCUCAUCCCACUCAGGGGGUCUCCGGCUGCUCAGAUUUAAGGGGGGCCCUGAUUUUUUUGGGCAGAAUCUGGACUAAUUUUGGGGGGUUCCCUGGUAGUCAAUCACCUGCGCCCGGAGUCACCUGCAGGGGGCGCUCUAGUAUCUUGCCGGUGAGGGUUCAUUGUAGGUCCUGAUUUUUUUUGGGGGGUCACUAGACUAUUUUGGGGGACCCUCGUGUUUUUUUUUUUUGUUUUUUUUUUACUUGUCUGCCGGUGACUUCAGCUGCCCCCUCCAGUGAGCAGUUACCCCCGGGGCAGGGGGCGCUCUCCGGGCAGGCUGUGUUUUUGGGGGGUGACAGCGGGGGGUGUCCUCCACUUGCUGGGAUCGGGGGGCUCUGUCCUCGGGCCCCCCUCGGGAUGCAGGACUCGGGGGGCCGCUGAGGUGUUGGCCGCUAGUAGUAGUAGUAAGAAGCCGGGAGGGGGUGGUGGCAGGGCCCGGGCAUCCCCUCCUCCUCCUCCCCUGCACGCUGCUCCUCCUCCGGGGAGGGAGUCUUGUCUGUCUUCGGUGACCGAUCAGAAAAGGGGAGAAGAUGGCCGAGAACCUGCUGGAGGGGCCGCCCAACCGGAAGAGACCCAAGCUCAGCUCGCCGGGCUUCUCCGCCAGCGCGGACAGUACAGAUUUUUCUUUCUUUGACUUGGAAAAUGACCUUCCGGACGAGUUGAUUCCAAAUGGAGAUCUCGGCCUCUUAAACACUGGCGGAGGACUAGGACAAGAUGCUUCCUCCCAAAACAAGCCGCUCUCGGACCUUCUUCGUGGAGGGAAUCCAGCACUGGGCAUGGGAAGAGGGGGCUCUGGUAGCCCCGUACAGCAGAACAGCCCAGGCCAUGGCAACCUGGGAGGCCUCAACAAGAGCCCUCUGAACCAAGGGCUGUCUGUCACCCCACCAUCUGGAUUAAACAAGCCUGCCGCUGGCACCUCUGGUCCGUCUGUUCCCACCUCGCAGUCUCAAAAGCAAGUUGGCAUGGUGGCAGGCAGUCCUGCUGCUCAACAGGCAUCUGCGGGUAUCUGCAUGAACUCCAACUUCAACCAAGGGCAUCAAGCACUGUUGAAUAACAGCUCUGGGCACACACUAAUGGGCCAAGCCCAGCCGGCACAGGGACAGGUAGUGAAUGGUUCACUGGGACCUGGAAACCGUGGUCGGGGAGCGGGCUUACAGUACAGUUCACCCGCCAUGCAAGCUAAUCCAGGGAGUGUACUCGCUGAAACGUUAACACAGGGGUCGGCGACUAUGCCAGCUCACACAGGAAUGACCACCACCCAAUCGGGACCCAUGGCAAAGAUGGGACUCCAAGGCAACAACGGCCCUUUUGGACAAGCGUUCAACCAAUCACCGGGGCAACAAAUUCGAGCCCAGGGGGUAAAUCCUCAGCUUCCCAACAAGCCUGCCAUGGCAAAUAGCCUUCCACCAUUCCCUUCUGAUAUGAAAAGCUCACCCGUCGCAAAUGUUCCCAACAUGUCUCCUUUGCAAGCGCAGGUUCAGCAAGUUGGCAUCGGCACCACGCCCUCGAUGGGAACCGGCCCCACUGCCGACCCGGAAAAGCGCAAACUCAUCCAGCAGCAACUGGUCCUCUUGCUGCAUGCCCACAAAUGUCAGCGGCGUGAGCAAACUAACGGUGAGAUGCGGGAUUGCGCCCUCCCACACUGCCGUACCAUGAAGAACGUGCUGAAUCACAUGACGCACUGUCAGGCCGGGAAAGCUUGCCAGGUCGCCCACUGCGCUUCCUCAAGACAGAUAAUCUCUCACUGGAAGAACUGUACGCGGCAUGAUUGUCCGGUGUGCCUCCCUUUGAAGAAUGCCAGUGACAAAAGGAACCAGCAACCUCUCCUUGGAUCUCCUUCCAGUGGAGUUCAGAAUCCCCUUGGGGCAGUAGGAACCCAACAGACUACUCCUACCCUCAGCAGCCCCAACCCAAUUGACCCCAGCUCCAUGCAAAGGGCGUAUGCUGCACUGGGUCUUCCUUAUGGUAACCAGUCUCAGGGCCCUGGGCAGCAAGCACAGUCUCAAGUUCAUCAGCAGAUACGUGGCAUCAACGCACUGGGUGGUAAUCAGAUGAACCUCUCCGCUGGAGGAAUGGCGACGGAACAACAGACUAACCUGCUCAAUGAAGCUUCUCUUCCCACUGCACUGGCAAAUACAAACUCCUUGUUGGGUGAUGGUAACAAUCCCAGCUCUGUUGGCAACUUGGGUACCAUGCCUACAGCAGCACCACCUUCUUCAACAGGGGUUAGGAAAGCCUGGCAUGAGCAUGUGACCCAGGACCUCCGAAACCAUCUUGUUCACAAACUAGUCCAAGCAAUCUUCCCCACUCCUGACCCUGCAGCCCUGAAAGAUCGGCGGAUGGAAAAUCUGGUGGCUUAUGCCCGGAAAGUGGAGGGUGACAUGUACGAGUCCGCCAAUAGCAGGGACGAAUAUUACCAUUUACUCGCUGAAAAAAUCUACAAAAUCCAAAAGGAACUGGAAGAGAAGCGAAGGUCUCGUUUGCAGAAACAAGGCAUUCUGGGCAACCAGACCUCUCUACAGACACCUGGUACACAGGCUCCAGCUCUUCCACAGGCAGCUGCUGCUCUUGGCCAAGCACAGCCUGUCCGGCCAGCCAAUGGCCCACUCCAAAUGUCUCCGGUUCCUAUGAGCAGGAUGCAGCUGCCUUCAGGAAUGAAUCAGUUUAACAACCUGCCCAUUGGAAAUGUACAGAUUCCUCCUGCUCCGAUGGGACCCCGUGCAGCUUCCCCGCUCAACCACCCCACACAAAUGAACAACAUGGGAUCGGUGCCGGCUAUGGCAAUGUCUCCUUCCCGCAUGUCCCAGCCACAGACCAUGAUGGGCGCACAUGGCAAUAAUCUAAUGGGUCCAGCACAGACUCAGAAUCAGUUCUUGCAACAAGGACAGUUUCAGCCCAAUAAUGGAGGCUUAGGAGUGACACUAGGGCAAACGGGGGCAGCAGCGGCUGCGGUGUCACAGCAGGGACAGGCGCCCACUGCAUCUUUGCCAAUCAGCAACUCCAUGAACAUUCUGGGCCCUCAAACCAGUCAGCUUCCAAGGCCGGCCCUCUCCCAGUCUCCCCUCCAUCAGACUUCUCCUUCUGUUGCUGCUGCUGGUAUGCCUCCUGUUCAGCACCCAACACCAGCCGGCAUGACUCCACCACAGCCAGCAGCGCCAGCCCAGCCAUCCACUCCGCUGCCACCAGCAGGGCAAACCCCAGCACCCACCCCUGGCUCCGUCCCGAACGCCAUGCAGACGCAGAGCACCCCAACGGUGCAGGCAGCUGCCCAGGCUCAGCUCACUCCACAGCCUCCUACUCCUGUGCCCAGCCAAUCUGUGCCGACCCCCCAGCCAGCUCAGCUGCAACCAACAUCUGUACAUGCAGCAGCUCCUGGCACUCCACUUUCACAGGCAGCUGCAAGUGUUGAGAAUCGUGUGCCUACUCCUGCCUCGGUAGCCAGCACAGACAACCAAUCAGCCCCUGAUCAUCCAGUUAAUGAUGUCAAGCCAGAAAUCAAAACUGAGGAGUCUGAGCCUAGUGAGAACCCAAUGGAGCCCAAAACAGAGGUGGAAGAAGAAGUACCCGCUCAGGUAAAGGAAGAACCAGUUGAAGGAACAGAGACAAAAACAGAACCAAUGGAAGUUGAGGAAAAGAAGCCAGAGGUAAAGGUAGAAACCAAGGAAGAGGAAGAGAAUUCAAGCAGUAACACUACACCUCCGUCCACAUCGCCUUCUCAGCCACGGAAAAAGAUAUUUAAACCAGAGGAGCUACGCCAAGCCUUGAUGCCUACCCUUGAAGCGCUAUAUCGACAAGAUCCGGAGUCAUUGCCUUUCCGGCAACCCGUCGAUCCUCAGUUACUGGGCAUACCAGAUUACUUCGAUAUUGUGAAGAACCCCAUGGACUUGUCAACCAUAAAGCGGAAACUUGAUACGGGGCAGUACCAGGAACCAUGGCAGUAUGUGGAUGACGUGUGGCUCAUGUUCAAUAAUGCCUGGCUGUAUAACCGCAAGACUUCCCGGGUUUACAAGUACUGCACCAAGCUUGCCGAGGUGUUCGAGCAGGAGAUUGACCCUGUUAUGCAGUCACUGGGCUACUGCUGUGGACGGAAGUUUGAGUUCUCCCCACAGACAUUGUGUUGUUACGGGAAGCAGCUUUGUACAAUCCCUCGUGAUGCCGCCUACUUCAGCUAUCAGAACAGGUAUCACUUUUGUGAAAAGUGUUUCACUGAGAUUCAGGGGGACAACGUAACUCUGGGAGAAGAUCCUACCCAGCCUCAAACGACAAUCUCCAAAGAACAGUUUGAGAAAAAGAAGAACGACAUGCUGGAUCCUGAGCCGUUUGUGGAUUGUAAAGAAUGUGGCAGGAAAAUGCAUCAGAUUUGUGUGGUACACUCUGACAUCAUUUGGCCAUCUGGAUUUGUCUGUGAUAACUGUCUGAAGAAAACUGGAAGGGCACGGAAGGAGAACAAGUUCUGCUCAAAGAGACUCCAGUCAACUCGACUAGGAAGUCAUCUGGAGGACCGUGUUAACAAGUUCCUUCGGCGGCAGAAUCAUCCUGAAGCUGGAGAGGUUUCAGUCAAGGUGGUGGCCAGUUCUGAUAAGAUAGUGGAAGUCAAGCCCGGCAUGAAAUCCAGGUUUGUUGACACAGGCGAGAUGCCGGAGUCCUUCCCUUAUCGUACUAAGGCACUUUUCGCUUUUGAGGAGAUUGAUGGGGUGGAUGUGUGCUUCUUUGGGAUGCAUGUUCAGGAAUACGGAUCAGAUUGCCCGCUUCCCAACACCAGACGUGUGUACAUCUCGUACCUGGACAGUAUUCACUUCUUCCGGCCACGCAGCCUUCGAACAGCGGUUUACCAUGAGAUACUCAUUGGCUAUCUGGAAUAUGUGAAGAAACUUGGCUAUGUCACAGGACAUAUCUGGGCCUGUCCCCCUAGUGAAGGAGAUGAUUAUAUCUUUCAUUGUCACCCAGCUGACCAGAAAAUUCCAAAACCAAAACGUUUACAGGAAUGGUACAAAAAGAUGCUGGAUAAAGCUUUCGCAGAGCGUAUUAUACAUGACUACAAGGACAUCUUUAAGCAGGCCACAGAGGAUCGCCUUACCAGUGCCAAGGAGCUUCCGUAUUUUGAAGGGGACUUUUGGCCUAAUGUGCUGGAAGAGAGCAUCAAAGAACUAGAACAGGAGGAAGAAGAGCGGAAAAAGGAGGAGAGCACAGCAGCCUGUGAGAUCCCCGAGGGCUGCCAGGGCGACAGCAAGAAUGCAAAGAAGAAAAACAACAAAAAGACCAACAAGAAUAAAAGCAGCAUGAGCCGGGCUAACAAGAAGAAAACUAGCAUGCCCAAUGUGUGCAAUGAUCUGAGCCAGAAGCUGUAUGCCACCAUGGAGAAGCAUAAAGAGGUGUUUUUUGUGAUCCACUUCUACGCGGGUCCAGUGAUCAACUCCCUUCCUCCUAUUGUGGAUCCGGAUCCACUUCUGAGCUGUGACUUGAUGGAUGGGCGUGAUGCAUUUCUGACUCUGGCCCGUGACAAGCACUGGGAGUUCUCCUCGUUGCGUCGAUCCAAGUGGUCCACGCUGUGCAUGUUGGUGGAGCUGCACACACAGGGACAAGACCGAUUUGUGUAUACCUGUAACGAAUGCAAGAACCACGUGGAGACGCGCUGGCACUGUACUGUAUGUGAGGAUUAUGAUCUGUGUGUGAACUGUUACAACCUGAAGUGUCAUGAGCACAAGAUGGUCAAGUGGGGCCUGGGUCUGGAUGACGAGAGCAAUGGUCAAGGAGAAGCGCAGUCUAAGAGUCCACAGGAAUCAAGGCGUCUGAGCAUCCAGCGCUGUAUCCAGUCAUUGGUGCAUGCUUGCCAGUGUCGCAAUGCCAACUGCUCGCUGCCUUCAUGUCAGAAGAUGAAGAGGGUCGUUCAGCAUACAAAGGGUUGCAAGCGCAAGACGAACGGCGGGUGUCCUGUCUGCAAGCAGCUUAUUGCAUUGUGUUGCUACCAUGCAAAGCAUUGCCAGGAGAACAAAUGUCCUGUCCCCUUCUGUCUCAACAUCAAGCAAAAGCUACGGCAGCAACAGCUACAGCACAGAUUGCAGCAGGCCCAGCUCAUGAGGCGGCGUAUGGCCACCAUGAACACACGAACCGUUCCUCAACAGCCUCUACCUUCCCCUACGCCUGCAACUCCUGGCACACCCACACAACAGCCCAGUACUCCACAAACUCCACAGCCUGCCCCUCAGCCCUCUCCUGGAGGAAUGGCCUCACCAGGCUUCCCUAGUGUGGCUAGGCCUCAACCUACCAAUGUGGCAUCACAAGGGAAGCCAUCAAAUUCAUUGCCCGUAGCGCCUCCUACCCAGCCACCUCCAGCUGCUGUUGCAGCCGCCCGUCAGAUAGAGCUGGAGGCACAGCAACAGCAGCAGCUGUAUCGGGUUACGAAUAUUGAUGGCAUGCCUGGCGUACGCCCAGGCAUGGUAAAUCCAACUGUUGGACCAGUAAAUUCUUUGCAGCAAAUGGGUAUGAAUGUGCCACGCCCUGCUCCAAUCAAACCCCCUCCCAUCAUCACGGGUAUGCAGCCAGGAGGACAGUGGCCUGCCAAUCCUAUGCCUCAACAGACUCAAUUACAGCAGAGUAUCCAGCGUCCAGCCGUGAUGCAAAUGACUGCUGCCCAGCAGGUAGUGGCUGGGCCUCGAAUGCAAGGCGUUCCACAGCAGCAGCCACGCAACAUAUCGCCCAACGCUUUGCAAGACCUUCUACGUACCCUCAAGUCGCCCAGCUCUCCCCAGCAGCAACAGCAGGUGCUCAACAUCCUUAAAUCGAACCCUCAGUUAAUGGCUGCUUUUAUUAAGCAAAGAACUGCGAAAUAUGUGGCCAAUCAGCCCGGCAUGCAGCCUCAGCAGGCUCCGCAACAGCCACCGCAGCAGCCCGGCAUGCAUCCUCAGCCCGGUCUGCAGAACAUGAAUCCCAUGCAAGUUGGGAUGCAGAGGCCCAAUGUUCCUCAGCAGCAGCCAGGGAUGAACCCACAGAGCCAGGGCAUGGGCCUUAUGACUUCAGGUCACAAUCCCAGUCUAGCAAAUAUGAACCCGCAGUAUCGAGAAAUCUUACGACGGCAGAUAAUGCAGCAGCAACAGGGCGGAGCAGGCAUGGCAGGUGGAAUGGCAGCUCACGGGCAGUUCCAGCAACCACAAGGAGGGUACCCACAGUCUCAGCAAGCGCUACAGCAACAACGUAUGCAACACCUCUCCAUUCAGAGUGGAGCCAUGGGACAGAUGCCGCAGAUGGCACAGCAAGGGUUGGGCACAGAUGGGACACCGACAACCCUCCAGCAAGCAUUACGGAUCCAGCAGCAGCUCAAGCAGCAGAUUGCUUCCUCCGGCCAGCCUAAUCCCAUGAGUCCUCAGCAACAUCUCCUGACGGGCCAGCCUCCGAAUACUCAUCUUCCCCCUGGCCAACAGAUUGCCACCUCCCUGAGCAAUCAGGUGCGCUCGCCUGCCCCCGUCCAGUCUCCCCGCCCUCAGUCGCAGCCUCCACAUUCCAGCCCUUCACCCCGUGUACAGCCGCAGCCUUCUCCUCACCACGUCUCGCCACAGACGGGCUCGCCUCACCCUGGCCUGGCAGCUUCGAUAGGAACCUCCUUAGACCAGGGCCACCUGGGAAACCCCGAACAGAGCGCCAUGCUUCCCCAGCUGAACCCUCCCAACCGUGGCGCCCUGACGAAUGACUUGUCUCUUGUGGGAGAUACUUCAGGGGAUACCUUGGAAAAAUUUGUUGAGGGAUUGUAGCAUCCCCCCCCCCCCCCCCCAAAAAAAAUAAAAAUAUGCAGCGAACUGGAGAACUGCAAUGGUGGAUGGGAAGGGGGGCUCUUGUCUCGCUCUCUGCCCCCCAUUUGUUAUAUAUAAAUAUAAAUAUAUAAAUAUCUAUCCCCCCCCUCCCCCAUUCCUUCCACCCCUCAAUGGACUUUGUUAUAAUUUUUAUUUGCCUACUCAUUGCUGGUCUGCACAUCAGGGACACCGGGCCUCAGUCUGGACUGAGACCACCGCCCAUUGCCAGAUUCCAUGCCGGCACUGUUGGAGAGGAUGGCAGAGCGCUGCUGAGCACCGCCUUCACCUUUCUCUGGCACUGUCAGUGGCUGCUCUGAGUUUCGACACAGUUGAACCUAUUUGUGUAUCGGGAGAAUUUUUUUUUGUUUUGUUGUUUUUUUUGUUUUUUUUUUCUCUUGAAAGCCGACCAGAAGGCCAACAUUUAAGAUGUCUCCACUGCCUGGUCUGACAAGGGGAAUAUCCGGCCCAGGAGCGAUUUGUAGAGGGGAACUACCCUUCUUUCAUCCUCGCUCUACAUGUGGGGGUGAAACAUUUCCUUCCCUGCCAGAUCGGUGCAGUAUUGCGUCUGGCAGUGAAGGGGUGAACUCUUAAUUACGCUGACGUGUGUAAUUAUAUCCUUUUCUUCUUUUUUGAGGACUGUCUUAUUGGGGGGGGGGGGGGGGGGGGGUGUUCUCCUGCAGCUUCAAGAGCCUAAAACAAAGUAGUGGACGAGGUUUCACUUUUUGCCACUUGUAACUACAUCGAUCUUUUCCAAUCUGGUAUUUUUUAUUUUAUUUUUUUGGACCGCUUUUAAAGAGGGUGAAGGAUGCUGUAAAAAAAAAAAACACACAAAAAACUGUCAUGGUUUACUUUACUUUCCCCUUUCUGGGGAGAAAAAACCCGAGACAUCAGAAAGCUCUUCCACCCGAUAUUCCCAGCAUAACCCCCUCCUCUCCCCCUGUACAGUCUUUUUCUGCGAAGCCGAAAUCGUGCAAUCCGAUUUCACCACUCUCUAGAAAAAUUCCCCCCCCCCCCCCCCCUUUAUUUUAUUAUAAUUAUUUUUUUUAUUUUAUUUUUUUGUAACGGCUGGGGCAUGAAAAACGGAAAACUGCUCCCUCGCAACUUUUUUUUUUUUUUUUUGAACUGUGUAUUAAAAAAAGAGGAAAGAAAAAAAAAAAAAACAAUGGAGAGAAUCGAGAUCCGAGCAAUCAGUGCGGAAAUCAUGCUGGUUCUACCCCUUUGGAAUAGGCGCAAAACAAGGCGGGAAACACAAAACUUAAAAAAAAAAAAAAAAAAAGACUUGAAUCAUUGUACAGAAUGGUAGAACGCGUGACGAGACGUUGGGAGCAUUUCUUAACCUAUGACAUUGUUAGCCACUUUGCUGUCAGAUGGGAGAGGCGAUUCUUUCAUCCCUCUGGCAGGGAAGGGGUGGAAAUACUGUCUUGACAGCAGCUGUUUUCAUGCUGAGUAAAAGUGUACAUGGUAUUAAAA